UCAAAAAGUCUGUUAAACAGUUUUAGCGAACGGAAUUCUCCAUAUAUAAUUCCCUCUAAUAACUUUCUCGCCAGUCACUUGGUCUAUAUUUAACAACCGACUUCAAUCUUAUUUUAUGGUGGAGUAGCUGCUUCUUUUCCUGCGCCCUACAACUCUAUAACUUCUAUAACUCUAUAACUUCUAUAACUUCUAUAACUCUAUAGCUCUAUAACUAUAUCGCACUUAUCUCUCAUACAUACCUACCCUAUGUCUGAUUUUACCACGCCCAACCCAUCUGUGCCCAAUGUACCUGAAACCUCCCAAGAAGUCAAUUCUCUGGCUGCCUUGUUAGCUGAACAACGGGUUAACAACACUGCUCUGGUCUCACCUUAUACCAAAGGCCAAGAUAUCACUUCUUGGAUCAAGCAAUUUCAUCUCUCCGCCAAAGCCCUUGGUAUGUGUAGCGCCGGCUCUCGCAACAUGCAAAUGCUGAAAUAUUUGCCCCAGGAGGCUACCGACUGGCUUAUGCGUGUCGCAGACCUCUCUAGCGCCGCUGAUGUUAAAGCUAAACUAGAAAGCGUCUAUGGAAUCGAUCCGCUGGUUCAGAAAUCUCUGUGUCGCCGACGUUUGGAAGCGCUUCAACAAGGACAACGCCGUGUUGCUGAAUAUAAAAUGCAUUUUGAGACUAUCGUGGCUGACUUUCCUGAAGAUAACACCCUCUCCGACGAUGUAUUUCGACACAUCUUCUUCAGUAACCUUCGACCUGAACUUCGUUCCGCCCUUCUCGGUAUCAUCGAUCCAGCAGAUACUUGGAAAACACUGGCUGCUGCUGCUGCUAUUCGUGAGAAUGUCCUGUUCCUUGGCAACGAUCACUUCUUAGCCAUGCAACCGGCCUCUCCUGCUUUGAACGAACCCACACCCAUGGAAGUCGAUGCAGUUCAACAACAAUUUAAACCUAAGCGCAAAGAACAUCCUAUGCGUCGAUGGACUCAAGAUGGACAGCCAAUCUGUGGUUUCUGUGGAGUCGUUGGUCAUUACUCGAAGAAAUGCCCCCGGGAAAAGGCUAAAAGGAACAAUGUCCAUGCUGUUGAACACCAGGAUCAACCAGCACCUCCCACACCGCCAGCACCAGCACCAUCUUCUACUGUGCAGUACGUGAGCGCCAUCUCCAACCCAGCUCAGGUACCAACAUGUACUUCAUCUACACCCAAGAUCAAGGUUAACUUUGGUGGACGUUUGGUGGUUGCUCUAAUUGAUACAGGUGCAUCAGUGACGGUUAUGCGCUCCUCAGUAGCCGAUCUCUUACAACUGGUACCCGAUAGCUCCAUGAGUAUCACUUUCACAACAGCUAACAACCAAACUAACUCGUCCUUGGGAAUGAUCAAAUCUUCUGCGCUCAUUGGUGAACUUCCGGUGGUCCUUCACUGUCAUGUUGUUCGUGAACUAGCUCAUGAUCUAAUUAUUGGAUAUCCUGACCUCAAGGCCCUCAAGGCUAUCAUCGAUACCGCCUCCAACGAGGUUCGUAUUCCCAAGAGCUUGGACUCUACGGCUGCCAUGACACCUGCUGUAGCUUCUUUGCAUCUUCCUGGUCUUCACCAUACUUAUGUUGAUAUCAACGGUCCCCCUAAUACGCUUGCAUUCAUAUCCACACCUCAGAAUGUUGCUAUGGAAAAACUCUUGUCUGUCGCCUCGGGUAUUGUUGAGUUCAAC